AUGGGCGAUCGGGAUAUGAACGACCACGGGAUGAAUGCUCGUGGGGUGAACAACCGCGAAACGAACGAUGGCGAGAUGAAUCACGAGAUGAACGAUAGUCCAGCCGACUCAAUAGAGCAACCUAUCGACACGAUGGCCACCGUACUCUGGAUCCCGGGGAUAAUCUUCCUCUUCCUCGCCCUUCUCCUCUCUAUCCUCGUCACCAUCUCCGUGCCCCCGAUCCACCGAUUCGACAUCACCCGGGUACACUUCUUCGAUGGCCUGGGCAGUAUCACCAACCAGCCUCCGGAUUUCUCGGGCGAGUUCAGGUUCGGAUUAUGGGGGUACUGUUUUACGAUCGACACGUCUGCCGGGUUUCACUGUGUGACUACCGGGAACGGGUAUUCGGUCACGUUUGUAAACCAGGCCAGGGUGAGCGAGACUGUCGGAUCGAGCUGGACUCGGGGGCUCGCAGUGCACGUCGUGGCGUGCAUAGUUACUGCCAUAGCUUUCGUCCUCUCCUUCAGCGAGAGAGCGACCGAAAGGCUGGUCUGCUCCGUCUUCUCCUUGUUCGCGACGCUCUUCACCCUCGCAGCAUACGCAUGCGAUAUCGCCCUCCUGGGAUGGGUGAGGCACCAGACGGACCAGCUGAACAUCAGCCAGAGCACGUAUCCCGGGCAGGCGUUCUGGAUGACUCUCGUCAUCCUUAUCGUGCUUAUUCUUGCGACGGUUACGAGUUGCCUCGGAUAUCAGACAGUGAGGAAGGAGGGGGGGGAUGGAGGGCACCGAAGAAGGGUACCCUGGCAGAGGAGCGAGAAAACGGGAAAACCGCCUCCAGCCGUGUAA